AUGGCUAAACAGGUGUUAGACUUAUAUGAACUUUAUCGAUUGGUUGUACAACAUGGUGGUUUGGUUGAAAUUAUCAAUAAAAAAUUAUGGCGUGAAAUAACGAGAGGAUUAAAUUUACCGUCAUCAAUUACAUCAGCUGCAUUCACUCUACGAACACAAUAUCAAAAGUAUCUAUAUGAUUAUGAAUGUGAGAAAGAAGGUCUCAGUACGGCAUCCGAUUUGCAGCAAGCAAUUGAUGGAAAUCGGCGCGAAGGAAGACGAAAUGCAUCAACCGGAUCUGCGAAUUAUCCGCAAGUUGGAUAUUCCGUUGCUGCAACUGCUGCCGCUGCCGCAGCACAUCAUAACUCAACGGCAUUACUUAACAAACACCUCAAUGGUACCUUAAGCCUUCGAAAUGGCUUGGAUGAUGAUGCUGGCUUAGGCCCAGCUUCGCAACAAGCAGCUUUAGUAGCUGCUUAUCAUGUUGAACAACUAGCUGUUCUGGAAGCACAACAGCGGCAAUUUGAGCGAGCACAAAGAGCAGCGGUAGAAGCGGUAACUCGGCAUUCAGGUCAUAUACGUAGCAAAAACAACAAUAUAAACAGCAGUAAUAGCAAUAACAAUGGUAAUAGUUGUGGCGGUGAUGGUAGUGGCGGUGGUGGUGAUGGUGAUCCUUCACAUAUGUCAGGACGUGAAUCAACCUCAUCAGCAGAUUCUGAUGGUGCUGCACCUGCAAAACGAGCUCGAACUUAUUCAUCUGUUACCGGUAUCGCUGAAACCACAAAUGCUGCCGCUGUAGCCGCUGUUGCUGCUGCUGCAUUGAACGAUGAAAAUGGUCUUAGCAGUAAUUUAUUGGCUAAUUUGGCUACAGAACGCUUAUUUGGCAGUAUUCCAUCAGCACACCUUAAAAUUACCAGUCGAGGAGAAAACUCCUUGGUAGUAUCAAUGGAAAUUAAUGGUACCAUGUAUCAAGGUGUACUAUUUGCAUUAGGAGGUGGUACUGGUUCUACAAAUAUUCCGCAAAAAUCCUUUCCAGAAUGUUAGCGAUGCAGCAGCAGUGGUAACGGGGUUAAAUUUGGCAACAACGCUCAAGAAUCC